UAUUAAUUUCCAAGUUAAAUGUUCAACAAGCCGGAUUGGUGGUUAGUUCAAACGUGAACCCUACACCAGAGGGAAGGACCAUAUGCAAAUGAUGGAUGCAGAAUCUGAUUUCCUAUUGGGUACUUGUAGUUAGCCAAUGAGAGAAUUCCCCACAGCCUACCUCCAGUCAGUAUAAAUAUUACUCUUGCUUUCACUUCAAAUGCAUUCUAACUACAUUUUUUGUGACAUCUUUUUUUUUUAUUGCUGUAGCAGUUAUGUCAGGUCGGGGAAAACAGGGCGGCAAAGCUCGAGCCAAGGCCAAGACUCGGUCCUCUCGAGCCGGGCUACAGUUCCCUGUUGGCCGUGUGCACCGCCUGCUCCGCAAAGGCAAUUACUCUGAGCGAGUAGGGGCUGGUGCGCCGGUGUACCUGGCGGCGGUGCUGGAGUAUUUGACCGCCGAGAUCCUGGAGCUGGCGGGCAAUGCGGCCCGUGACAACAAGAAGACACGCAUCAUCCCGCGCCACUUACAGCUGGCCAUCCGCAACGACGAGGAACUGAACAAGCUUCUGGGCCGUGUGACAAUCGCGCAGGGCGGCGUCCUGCCUAAUAUUCAGGCUGUGUUGCUGCCGAAGAAGACUGAGAGCCAUCAUAAGGCAAAGGGAAAGUAAAGUGCGGACUACUUGCAUUGGCCUUUACAUUUUCCGUGAGAACGAAAAAUCGGGCAAAUAACAAAGGCUCUUUUCAGGGCCAUCCACCACUUCCGUUAAAUGAGCUGUCAUGCUUGGGAUUGUAACACCUGUAAUAAAGGUUAUGAGGCAAAAUGAGGUGUGCUUGCUGACACUCCUAGCAAAUUGCCCUAUGGAAAUACUGCCCUGUAAAAUCCUUGGCAGACAUUUUGGGUAUGUGGGGGAAAAAGUCAUACACGUAAAACGUAC